ACGUGCGCGGUGAAGUUGGCCCGAACCCCGUGUAGUCUCGCUCCCGUCCGUCCGUCCGCGUCGCGCCAAGGACGGCCGACCUCGCUCGCUUCUUCUCGCGUGGCCGCGUCCGGGAUCCCUCGCGUCACCGUCGUCGACGUCGUCCUCGUUUUCGUCCUCGUGUAACAUCGUAAACGUCGGUCUCGCGCGGUCUCCUUCGCGUCGCUCGGUGGUCGCUCACACAAGGGUGCGAAGAGAGACACGGUCGUGUCGGGAGGGAUCCGAGCCGAGGGGAGGACACGCGCGACUUCGCCGCAGACGUCAACUAGCUGCUGGCUACACCACCUUGCGUGACAGCGCGACAGUAUGGCGGGACAGACGAUCAACGACAGGCUGCUGGCCGCGAGGCACAGCAUCGCCGGCCAGGGCCUCGCCAAGUCCGUCUGCAAGGCCACCACGGAGGAGAUGAUCGGACCCAAGAAGAAGCAUCUUGACUAUUUAAUCCAUUGCACCAAUGAGCCGAACGUCUCCAUACCGCAGCUCGCUAAUCUCCUGAUAGAACGUUCGCAGAACACAAACUGGACGGUAGUCUUUAAGGCCCUGAUCACCGUGCAUCACAUGAUGUGCUAUGGCAACGAGAGGUUCACGCAGUAUCUCGCGUCCAGCAACAGCACGUUUCAGCUCAACAAUUUCCUCGACAAGAGCGGCGUACAAGCAGGAAUACGCGUGGGAUAUGACAUGUCGCCCUUCAUCAGGCGCUACGCCAAGUAUCUCAACGAGAAGGCUCUCUCCUACAGGACGGUAGCGUUCGACUUCUGCAAAGUGAAAAGGGGGAAGGAAGACGGCACUCUACGCACAAUGAACGCCGAGAAACUCCUGAAAACUUUGCCGGUACUGCAGUCGCAACUCGACGCACUGUUGGAAUUUGAUUGCACGGCUAACGACCUCACGAAUGGCGUCAUAAACAUGGCCUUCAUGCUCCUCUUUCGAGAUCUUAUCCGGUUAUUCGCCUGCUAUAAUGACGGCAUCAUUAAUCUGUUAGAGAAAUAUUUCGACAUGAACAAGAAACAAUGUCGGGACGCUUUAGAUCUUUACAAGAAGUUCCUCAUACGCAUGGACAGGGUCGGGGAAUUUCUGAAAGUCGCGGAAAACGUUGGCAUCGAUAAAGGAGACAUACCAGAUCUGACGAAGGCACCCAGUAGUUUAUUGGACGCCUUAGAGCAACAUCUCGCCUCCUUGGAAGGAAAGAAGGGCUCGGCCGCGAACACGCCAACGCAGUCAGCAAGCAGCAAUAGAACCAAUGUAAAGUCGGGAGUGUCCGCCCUGUCUUCCACCAGUACCGCGUUCGGAACAGCAGCCAGCAAUGCGCGGCUCGAGCAAACCGGGAACGGCCACAUCGACGAGGCGUUGCGACAGCAAGCUCUCGCGGAAGAGGAAGCCGCCAUGAAUCAAUACAAGGCAAAAGUACAGUCGCCGUCAAGCACUAGCACGAAUCCGUUCCUCAGUUCGCCGACCAAUAACGCUAAUCAGCCGAUCGUGGACUUGUUCGGUGCAACAUCAGCCGAUGGCCAGGCAUCCCAAAAGGCGUCGGAUGAUCUACUGCAGCUGGCGGGCAAUCCAUUCGCGAACAUAUUCGGAGGGCAACCGGCCGCAGCAACCGCCGGGCAGCCCGCUCAGAUGCAGAACAACAUGUGGAUGACCAACGGUACUGGUUUCGCGGCAACUGCGCCACCAGCAAAUAAUAACUUUGUUACAGAUAAUAGUUUUUCCUCCGUAUUCGGAAAUCAAGAUCAGCAAUCCACCGCGGGGCAGCCGGUCGGUGCAGCCAACACUGGCAAGGUCCUGACCGGCGAUUUGGACAGCAGCCUGGCUAGCCUUGCGCAAAACUUGACCAUCAAUAAGAGCGCGCAGCAGCAAGUCAAAGGAAUGCAAUGGAACUCACCGAAGAACGCCGCGAAAACGGGCGGCCCAGCCGGCGGAUGGUCACCGCAACCGAUGGCAGCUACUACUGGUGCCGGAUACCGGCCCAUGGGCCAGGGAAUGACGCAACUGCUACCUACGACCGCCACGACUAUAGGUUUCCCCUCGCAGCCCGCGAUAAUGGGUAUGCAAGGUAUGCCGAUGGGCAUGCAGGGUAUGCAGGGUAUGCAGGGUAUGAGGCCGAUGAUGUGUACUAUCCCAGGUGCUUCCGCCGCCGGUGGCGGUAUGAUGGUUGCGGGAGGAGCUGCGCCCAUGAUGGCCAUACCCGGCGCGAAUCCCAUGGCUGGGCCUAAUUUGCAGCAGCAGCCCCCUCAACCUCAGCCCGCUGCAGCAGCUCAGCCACAGGGCAAUGCUGUCCAACUCGAUCCCUUUGGUGCUCUGUGAAGGGAUUAGGAUUUCAAAUGGAAUUAAGAAGACGGAGCAACAUAUUUGUAAAUACCGUGUAAUAUGCCUAGAAAGAAAAAGAAAGCUAAUGUGUCCCGCUUUUUUCUGUUAGGCCCAAUGAAUCUUGGAUCAUUGUUUGUCACUCGAAUCGUCUCACUAUGAAUAGGAGAUUCGGCAAAUUGUAUCAUACUUCCUGUAAUAUGCUCGCCGAGUGUGUAAACACGUGUUAUAUUCCGAUACGGCGUUGCUUCCCACGAGCAUUGGCAAAAGUUAAACGUUGUUUAAGUGAAUAUCUGUCUACUUUUUUAUGCAAAAAAAAAAACAAGAAAAAGGGGACAAGUUGAGUCUGAAUUAACUUCGAUCGAUGCUCGCGGGAAUCGCGCGUAGAAGCCAGGGCGCUUUUUCUCCGCCUUGAAGUCCGUAGCCGGGUAAUAAUUAUGUAGCUUAGAUGAGAGUUGUUCGGAACGCGAAUUGCGUUUAGAAUUCAACGCGAACGCACGUUGAAUUUUCCUGGUGAGGAU